AUCUUUUCACUCCAUUCCACCAUCAUCAUUAUUUUCUCUGUUAACCGGGAAAAAGGUUAAUUGGAACCGAAGAUGAGUGUCAUUGAUAUUAUCUUUCGAGUUGAUUCGAUAUGUAAGAAAUAUGAUAAGUAUGAUGUUGAGAAGCAUUCGGGUAAUGAUAAUUCCGGUGAUGCCUUUGCUCGUCUUUAUUCAUCUUUUGAAUCUCAAAUUGAUGCCACUUCUCAGAAAGCAGAGAUGGCUGCUAUGGAAACGAACAGAGCUAAAGCGGUGGCUAUGAAAGCGGAGGUACGACGAACAAAGGCGCGUUUAAUGGAUGAAAUAAAAAAGUUGCAAAAGCUUGCUCAGAAAAAGGUUAAAGGACUAUCCCAAGAGGAACUGGAGACUCGUGGUGAUUUGGUAAUUAUGUUAUCAGAGAAAAUUCAGGCGAUACCUGAUGGGAAUACUGAUGCAGCUAAAAAAACGGGAGGUUGGGGGACUUCAGCUUUCAACAAAAAUAUAAAAUUUGACUCAGAGGGACAGUUCGACGAUGGUUUCUAUGAGCAAACUGAAGAGGCCACUCAGUUUAGAUCAGAGUACGAGAUGCGGAAAAUGAAACAGGAUGAAGGGUUAGAUGUUAUUUCUGAAGGUCUGGAUACACUGAAGAAUUUGGCUCGUGAUAUGAACGAGGAAUUGGAUAGGCAAGUUCCUUUGCUUGACGAAAUCGAUACAAAGGUGGAUAAGGCAACCACCGACAUCAAAAACAAUAAUGUCAGACUCAAGGAAAACAUUAACAAGAUAAGGUCCAGCAGCAACUUCUUUAUCGAUAUAAUACUUAUCUGUAUCCUUCUGGGAAUUAUGGCCUAUCUUUACAAUGUACUGAAGUAAGUACUAGGAGCUUCAUUUCACCCUGAUUGAUAUCCCAUGGUCAGGUGUAAGAUGUUCAUCUACUCCACCACUUGCUAAUUCUAUAUUCUACAUUUGUACCGGCCUCAGGAAAUCCUAGAAUUCACAGUUAAGGAUGUAUAAUGUGCUACUUCACCUUUUUAUUGUAUUCUAAUAGAUAGAGAUGCUCUAAAUUAUAAUAGCCUGUUUGUAGAAGCCUAAUUAGUUACUGUAUUCCAGAUCCUUAUAUCCCCCAACCCCCUACAAAAUAUUACUGUUAUCCAAUAGCUGUGCUU